AGAGAGAGAGAGAGAGAGAGAGAUAGAGAUAUAUAUAUAAGUGAUUAUUACUAUUAUUACAUUGAUGUGACAUAUACUUGCCCCUAUACAAUAUAUUAUGCAUUCAUGCAGCCUAAAUAGUAUAGUGGCUGUCAGGGAUUUUUGCAGGGGCUUGCUUUUUUGAGCCAAAUGACCUUGAAUCAUGAGAAGUGAUAUGAAGCCUUUGAAAUUGUAACACAAACCUUGGAAACGCGACCUGGCACUUAAAGCGGCAAUUUUCCAUAGAGUUAAAACGGUAUACAGCGGUGCCAGUUAUACUAUGACUUUCAAUUAGUGUGUACAGAAAAUGCGUGACCUGAAACAACAACAAAAAAAAACACUUUAAACCCGAUUAUUUGUCUGGGCUAAAUCACAGAGAGAGAGAAAAACGCAGUCCUAAAGCUGCGUAAUUUUGCCUCAUCGGGCGAACGCACAUUCUUUUAAUUUUUUGCCAUUUAAAACAUUUCAUUUAGCUGGCAUGUUUUUAAAACACCAGAUGCCCUGAUCUAACUUAAUAGUGACUGAAGUGUUCAAAAAUACAAAUGAGUCCGCAUUGAUACAACAGUAGGCUAGCAUUAAGUAUUAUUUUGGAGGUUUAAACCUUCGGUUUACAGACUAAAUUGCGCGCAUCUAGUAGCAUCGUUUCUAAUUGUGAGCUGUCUCCAACGAGAAAUAAAAGUGUAAAGUGCAAUCAAAGUAAACGGAUUGGCUGCAGUUGACUUCAAUUCGAUCACUGUACAAAGAAAGAGACCUUCGGAGCUGCGGCGCGUCGCAUUCAUUCAGCUGCGCUCGUGUUGCGUGAAUUACGCUCAAGAGGAGACUCGACGUGAAUAUUCAGCAGUGGACUCAGAGCUCAGUGCGUAAUACGGAGACGCCGGGAACCCCCAGUCUACGAGGAAAGACAUGGAAGUUUGCAAAGGACGUUUGCUGGGCAUCUCGGUGGCCGUUGCGCAUGGAUUUUUUUCGGGAUCGCUGAAUAUUUUGUUGAAAUUCCUCAUUACUACCUACAGCUUCACGUAUCUGACUUUAAUUCAGUGUCUGACCAGCGGCACUGCGGCUCUCACGUUAGAGGUGCUGAGGAGACUGGGCAAAAUAGAUAUACCUCCUUUCAGCCUCCAGUUAGUCAAAGUUUUUGCGAGUGUCUGUAUUUUGGCAACUUUGCAGUCCACAUUGACCCUCUGGUCUCUCAAGGGAUUGAGUUUGCCCAUGUAUGUUGUGUUUAAGCGAUGCUUGCCGUUGGUAACGUUGGGGAUUGGAGUGUGCGUGUUGAAGAACGGCAUCCCGUCGGCUGGGGUUAUAACCGCAGUUCUCAUCACCACUGGAGGAGCAGCACUGGCUGGUGCUGGAGAUCUGACAGGUGACCCUUUCGGCUACGUGACUGGCAUUUUAGCUGUGAUCGUCCACGCCUCCUACUUGGUGCUCAUCCAAAAAGUCAGUGCAGACAGUGAUUAUGGGCCGCUCACAGCCCAGUACACCAUUGCAGUGGUGGCCUCUCCCGUUCUCCUCAUCUGUUCCAUUGUAAGCAUGGACGCCAUCGAUAUGUGGACAUAUGAAGGUUGGAAGAACCCAUUUAUCACAGGCAUCUUCUGUACCUGCAUCCUCAUCGGUUGCGCGAUGAACUUCACCACACUGCAUUGUACCUAUAUCAACUCGGCCGUCACCACUAGCUUUGUGGGGGUGGUCAAGAGCAUAGCUACUAUCACUGUGGGCAUGCUGGCCUUCAAUGACGUGCUGCCAACCAAACUGUUCAUUGCAGGCGUGGUGGUUAACACCGUCGGCUCCAUCACCUACUGCGUGGUUAAGUAUCACGAAACCAAAAAGAAGGUAACCUACCAGGAUAUGGACGAGUCUGCUAAGGAUGAAGGACUUCCAGGAGAACCUUAUGUGGAACCAGCCAAGCCUGAUGGAGAUAUGGAAACUCUUCCAAAUGAGCAGGAGAGCGUUCCCAAUGGCAGCCUGAUGGCGUUAGUUAACGGCAAUGACCAGGUUCCCAGCCGUGAGAAUAAAGUGGCUGAGUCCAUAGAAUUAGAAAGACAGGGGAUCCCAUCGGACGAUCCUACAAGACAGUCUCUGAGCGACAGUUACGUAGGGGUCUGGAGAUCCAUUCACACUUUAAAGGUCUUCAAGAAAGACACUUUGCUUGACAACAUGGAGGUUCAAAGUCCUUGAUGAUUGGUUUUCUGCUUGACAGAAGUGCAUGUAAAGUUUAAGUAUUGUUGAACUGAUGGUGUGAACAAUGUUUGCCUUUUUCUCUCCUGAACAUGAUUUUAUGAAAAACAUUUAUUUUUUAUAAAAAGGUAUAGUCUGUUUGUAUAUUAUAGAGGGAGUGUAACAGAUGAUUUCCCGGUAACAGAUGUGCCAAUUUAUUGACCUAAAAUAAAGAAUCAUUUUUUUCAGGAUCAGUUUAAAAUUACUUUAGGGGAAAAAAAUCUAUAAUAGAGAUAGUCUACUCAGAAAUCAAAAUUCUAUCAUUAUUCUCUUAUCCUCGUAUUUCUUAGUUCUUUGGAGCAUAAAAGAUGAUACGUUAAAAUAUGUUGAGGUCGAGUAAAUGAUGACAGAAUUUUUAUUAUGGCUUUAAAUAAAUUCAGUUGUUUUUAUUUUGAAUGAUUAUUUAUAUUUCUAUGCACGCUGUGUCUGUGCCUGUAUAUUUUCUGUGUUUUGUCUAAGAAUGCAAAUCUUGAUGUAGGAGGCACUGAAAUUUCUCAUUCGCAUGUAAUAUGCACAAUUAAUUUAAACUGGUUUUACAUCAAAAUUCUGAUCUUUGUGUAUCUCUUUAAUAAAUCCCACCAACUGCUUUUGCUCAAAGAAAGUGUGCAAUCAUACAAAAUCAUAUUUAUCUAGCAAUCCGGGAGAUGGUUUGCCUGCAAGAGAACUGCUGUUCAGACAUUAGUGAAAAACGAUUUUUUAUCCAAAUAAUAAAAUGCAAUUUUAUUUGGCCAAAAUGGACGAGGUUACGAGAUAUCAACUAAUUCUCAUAAACCAAAAAAAUAUAUGUUUAAGGUGGAAGAAAAUGCAACCUGUUGAAAACAGAUUUACUUAAAUAUGGUUUGAGCUGAUCAAAAUGUUUUGUUUUGUGAAAUACUGUCUUUUAAAAGCAUGAAAUCGAGAUUCAAGAACAAAACAUCUGAUCACAUCAGAACAAAUAAUCAAAAAUCUAAAUACAUUGUAGUGUUUGCUUUUGGGACAUUUUCAUCUACUUUCACACACACUUUUACACGCACUUGCCAUUUGUUGUUAAGUUUUAAAAUCUCAAGCGCUCGCACUGCUGCCGAUCUCUGCGUUAAAUUAAAGCCAAUAUCCGUCAAGCUUGUUUUAGCUGACUUCACCAAAUGUAAUAUUUGAUGUAUUCGGGUGGGUUUCUUAUCAGAAAAAACAGACCCGUCAAAACCGAUGCUUUAGGCAAUGCUAGGCUACUGAAAAUGCAUAAUGAAAUGUAUUUCUAAAUAUAGAAAUUCUACAGCGUUUUCAUGUAACACAGUGAACAUGCCUAUUAAUUGUACUUGCAAAAAUGCGAGUUCGUCAGUCAAAAUAAACAUUUGCUGAAAAUGUACUCCGUCAGAUGUAAGUAAGUUUGUUUCUUCAUUGGAACAAAUAUGAAGAAAUUGAGCAUUGCAUCACUAUUCUAUAUAUGCAGUUGAAAUUUUUUUGCAAAUUUUAAUUUCGGGUAAGCUAUUUCUUUAACGGCAGGAUAAUGCGUCUAAAGGUGCCUUGCAAAACUUUAUUUUGUGGUUUGUUAAUAUUAUUCUCAGUCAGACAAGCAUCUUCAUGAAUAAACGCAAACUUGAAUGAACUAAACUUUAGACCUCUCUGAGUGUUAUUAUUUGUUGCUGCACUAGCACCACAAAGGUUUACUAUAUAGGGAACAUUCAUGUUACACUCCCCAUGGCUUUCCUUUUAAAAUGAUCUUGCCUAACAAUGAACAAGUAAAA